AUGGCCAAAAAGCACUGGCGGCAGAACGGGCCCUCACAGCAGGGAGCUCGCAGUUCAGCUGGCAGAGUGAGGACUUUUGCGCAGGCAAACCCAAAUAACAUGUAUGCGGGCAUAGCUGACGCAGAGCAAUAUGAUGGCGAAGUUAAUGCGCAUCUCACCGAGCGCUUCGGGCGCGCCUCCAUUCGCGAAAGCACUGCGGUCCCGGACGACAACAUACCAACCUCAGCACCUGCUCGCAUCAACAACGACAUCCGCGAGUAUAUGAAACUGGCGCGUAAGCCAGUCAUUGCUGGGCCAUGGGUCGACAGACCUGAGGUGCCAAGCUCAUCCGAGAUACUGCCACCCCGUAAGCCUGGUUUCCUCAGCACCGACCUGCAGCCUCUGAUCGACGUCGGUGGAGGUAUACGUCCGCACAGAGCUGAAGGAGCCUAUGGCAGUAUCGAGGAAUAUCUAGGCACCACAUACGAACUCCUCAGCGAAGACUCCAACCGGCCGCUGCGCGAGGCUGUCGAAGAGGUACGCCAAUCGCCAUACAAGGACGAAUCGGAGUACGAGAGUAAAAGCAUCGGCAUAUACGAGCCUGUCUAUAUUACAGGUGUAGUUCUCCCUCUGCGCGGCGGAUUUGCUACUCGUGUCGCUUUUUCACUCUCGCGGGUGAAGAAAUUCAUCCGAUGGGAGCAGAUUGAUGAUGCAUUCAAGACUAUUUGCAUCCUCGCUACUGUCGCGGCGCGUCCACUGUCUGCUCUUGGUCAGAAUCCACCUGAGAUCGAUUUGUUCUUCGCAAGGCCUGAGGAACAAGAGAUUGAUCCAAUGAAGAAGUGGAUGAUGGUCGAGUGUCGUUCCAGCUUCUUCGAGGCUAGCAGGCACACGCUGAUGGCCUUGCAGCACAUGAUGCGCGAGCCAUUUCCCUUAUCGGAGCAUUUGGUCGAGGUCAACAAGGAUGUCGGGCCUCCAGCCUACGUCAAACACAACCCCUUCGUCAACCUUAGCUCUUUAGUCAGCAUGGAGGAGAGCGCAGCUUUCGAGAACAUCAAUGUCCUCGACGAAUGGCCGGCACCCUCGCUAUUGUCGUUAGAUAAAUCUCAGAGCAAGGCUCUUAACCACAUGCUCACAAAGAAGCUUGCAAUCGUCCAAGGACCGCCUGGAACUGGAAAGACCCAUGUCAGCGUUGUAAUGCUUAAAGUGCUCCGCGACAAUCUACGGCGAGACGAUUCACCUAUCAUCAUCACCGCUCAAACAAAUCACGCCGUUGACCAGAUCCUUCGGCACACCAAGGAGUUUGAGCCCAACUUUAUACGUCUCGGAGGACGAAGCAAAGACACAGAUAUCAAAAAGCGGACACUGUUCGAGGUGCGACGCAGUGUACCACCGCAGAAACAGCCUGGCAGCCAAAAGAACCAGGCAACUAGUGCGCUCCGCAAACUCGCAAACGAGAUUCAGAUGCUCUUGACGCCCCUGGAAGCCAACAAAGCUCCGCUUGACCACCGCGUCUUAUUGCGACUUGGUUUGUUUACCCCGGAACAGGCCAAGUCACUUGAGAUCGACUCGCAAAGCACCAUGGGCAUAUCGCCAGUAGACAACCCAGGAAUUCUGAUGGAGCAAUGGCUGGGAAGAUGCCUUGCUCCGUGCGAACGGCCAAGUCAACCUGAUGACUAUAGUUGGGGUUACGAAGAAGAGGACUUCGAAGUCGAGCAAAUCUUGGAGAUGGAGGCUGAAGCUGUUGCUCAAGACGAUGAUGACAUCGAGGCACUUCGUGGUCCCUACAUCCUGCUCAGCGACAACUACAGGGGUAAAGGAGACUCCAAAUUGACUGUGGAUGGGAUUCGCAAGCUACUCCAAACGACCGACGAUCUCACGACUAUUCCUGCUAUGGAUCGAGGCGCCAUCUACAAUUUCUUCAAGCGCGAGGUCAAAGCGUUCCUACUCACAGAGGUACGGAAGCUAGCCAAGGUGUACAACGAGCAGAUUGAGCAACGCAAAAUCGGCGCAUGGGAAGAAGACGUUCGACUCCUGAGUGAACAGCGAAUCAUUGGGUGCACGACGACCGGACUGUCCAAAUACCGUGCUUUGAUAUCUGCUCUACGUCCCCGCAUUAUUCUGGUUGAAGAGGCAGCAGAGACCAUGGAGGCCCCAGUCACUGCAGCUUGCUUGCCCACACUCGAACACCUUAUCCUUGUGGGUGACCAUCAGCAACUGCGACCGCACACCCAGGUUAAGGCGUUCGAGGACGAGCCCUACUACCUGAACCUGAGUCUUUUCGAGCGUCUCGUCCGCAACGAAGUCACGUACAGCACACUUACUCGUCAGCGACGAAUGAUUCCUGAGAUCCGACGGCUCUUGGCUCCCAUUUAUGAAAACACUUUGAAGGACCAUGCGAGCGUUGAGGAUCUGGCCAACCGACCUCCUGUCGAAGGCAUGGGUGGCACCAACUCAUUCUAUUUCUGCCAUGAGUGGCCGGAAUCGCGCGAUGGCAAUCAGUCCACUCUCAACGAGCAAGAGGCAAAGAUGAUCACGGGCUUCGUCGACUACCUUGUUCUCAAUGGGGUAGAAGCUCCAAAGAUUACGCUGCUUACCUUUUACAAUGGGCAAAGGAAACGCCUACUUCGCGAAUGCCGUAAUCACCAGAACUCUCAGGCUUUCGCUGGUAUCAAGGUCGUGACUGUCGAUGGUUAUCAGGGCGAAGAGAAUGACAUUGUCAUUCUCAGUCUCGUGCGUAGCAACCACCACCAUAAGAUCGGGUUCCUUUCCUCUGACAAUCGAGCUUGUGUUGCUCUGUCGAGAGCCAAGCGUGGCUUCUAUAUCUUCGGCAAUGCUGAGCUACUUGCAUGUGAAAGCCGUGUAUGGGCACGCGUCGUCGAUAUCAUGUACAAAGACUCAAAAGUCCAGGUCAAGAGUGGUCAGAAGCGCCGUGUCGGGUACAAUCUCCCACUCCAAUGUACAGCACAUAACCGUAAGAUCUGGAUUGAAGACCCAGCCGAUUGGGAUGAGAUUCAUGGUGGUUGCGACCGAAAGUGUGGCGGAACUCUUCCAUGCCAACACAAGUGUCCAUACCGCUGCCACCCGUUCGGUCACGAUCAGAUCAACUCGGCUCCGGGUGGUUCGAAUGAGAAGUGGUCAACAUAUGUCAACGGAGGCGUUGCUGCCGAUGAUGCUCGUUACAUGCAGAAGAGGAAGGACGAGGCUCAGAACCUGGAACUUAUCCGUAACACCCCGCCUACUGCCGGUCCAUCUUCGAACCCGAGAAAACUCAUCGAAAUUUCUCCGGAGAAGAAGGCCAUAUCAGGAAAUGCCAAUCUGCUCAUCGAUCUCGACCUGGAUCUAGGAACGGCGCCUAAUCCUAGCCACGCGCCGCAUUCGUGGGCAAAGGCCGCCUCGUCAAACAAGAAAGGAAAGGCUCCGGCUAAAGCGAACAUGAGUUUGCUAGAUUAG